AUGGGUCAAACACUCACUUUGCCGUCCACCAUUCAAAACUUGACAGGCUCUUCCUCCGACACAUCAUCACGAAGGAUCGACUCCUCUGAACGACACCAAAGACUUUCCGAAGAUGAAGAUGAUCAACAAGAAUUUAUAAGAGAUGCGCAACAAGAACAACGACGACUACGACAACAACAACAACACCACGCUGAAGACUCCUUUCAUCUCAAUGACUUGGAGAGCGGAAUGGUUACUUCUCCAUCAACUCAAUCUCACCAACAGCAACAGCAACAACAACAUGUAAAUAUAGUUCAACCAACGAAUCUUUUAUUAUUUGGAGGUGCUCCUAUGAUGAUUGAUGGAUUAUUAAAUUAUGAAUUCUUCAAUGGGAUUAAUAAUGUAAAUGAAUUAGUUAGCUUAUUUGGAUAUUAUGGAAGAAUUGAAGGACUAUUUGGAAGAAAUGUCGAUCAUUAUGAACAACAACAACAACAUCAAGAACACACUCCAUUUGAAUUCAAAGACACAAUGAUUCUACGAAAUGAUGUGAAUAUUCAAAAAAAUUCACUUUCACUGAUCAGCCAUUCUCAAAAUGGAUUUAAUUUAUCAUUUAAAUUCGAUGUGAGAAGUAAUUUUAUUGAUGAAUGUAAAGUGAACAUUUAUUUGAAAGCAAAAGAAAUACGUUCGAAUCAAAGUGUAAAAUAUGAAUCAUCCAUUGCAUUACCUUCAAAAGUUUUCAAUCAUUUUGUUGAAUAUCCAAAGAAUGAUCACACUGCACAAUAUUAUACUCCUUCAAACACUUUCGAAGGUACAAGAGUUGAUUUAUCAUCAUUGUCUUCUCGAACAAUCUCUGAAUCUCAUGAAUCCACUCUUUCAAGAAGAGAUUAUCAUGACUCUACAAGUCUAGAAUAUAACAUUCAUCAUACGAUAUCAUUGGAUACUAUUUUUACCAAUCGACAAGAGAUGCAAUACCCACUACUCGUAGCAGUGAGUGGUCAUCAAAGUGAAGACACUGAUGAAUCUUCCAUUCUAGAACGGACUGAUUCAACAACCACAUCUACACUCAUUCCACUUGUCAUUGAAAUUCAAAGUGAAACAUGUUCACAAUUCUCAUUAUGCUCGUUGGAUUAUCAACAACGAUCAUCAUCAUUGGAAAGUCCUCUGGAUUCUGUGGUUCACUAUUCCAUUAAGGUUCACAAACAAAAAUUAUUCAUUGGAAAUGAAUGGUAUGAAGUGGCUGAAAUUUAUCAUCAAACGACCAAUCAUUCCAAUACUAAUACCACCAACACCACUCAUAACAACAACAACAAUACCACUACUACUACUACUACUACUAAUACCACUACUCCUUCUGUUGCUGAUACCUCAUCUCAUCCUCAGGUCCAUGAAGAAGAUGAUGAUGAUCAUUUAUGUGUCAUUUGUAUUAGUGAGCGAGCAUCCAUCGUUGUAUUACCAUGUGGUCAUUUGAGUCUCUGUUCAGAAUGUGCCAAUGCACUUCGUAAUCAGACGAACAAAUGUCCAAUAUGUAGACAAACAGUGGAAUCAGCCAUCAAAUUACCAUCCAUAGAGAAUAUGUAA